AUGGAGAACCAAGUUGGUCAAAUUCUUGAGUUGUUAGAACGACGCAUUCCAUUUGAUGGUGGACAUGUUAAAACACUACUAAGCAAACUACAUGAGGAACAUCGAAUUGAUAUUGAAAUGGUUGGUCUCGAUGUUAGCGGUAUCGAAAAGGUUGCAGCCAAUUCCCCGAAGUUUGUAGAUGAGGAUGAGAUAAGGAAUAUGAAUGACAAAAAACCAAUGGAAACUUUGCAUUUGAGAAAAACAAAACCAAUCCUCACACCACCAAAUGCAAAGGCAGUUGCAAAGAAACGAGCCAAAUUAGUUGGUGGGAAAGCAUUAAAUAAUGAACAACUUUCUAUUCCACAAAAGGGGAGAUUGCGCGCAAAAAAGAGCGAUACAAAGGCAGUCGAAAUGAAUGCUGUAACAAUGUCAUCAUCAUGUAGUGUUGUUCGUGGUCCUCAGACUCGAGGGACCCAGAAUUGCAAAGCCAGUCAGUGGUUGCGUACACCUUUUGUGAAAUUUGAUGUAAAGAAGAAAAGACCACAGUUGAAGCCAUCGUCAACUGACAACAACAUUGACAAUAAUAUUCAUGACAAUCUCGAUGAACUAUUUGAUAAUUUACUUGAUCAACUUGGGGGUAAUGUUGUUCCUGAAAUCCCAAAGUCAUCCGUGCCUUUGCCAGACCCAUUAAAUGACUAUGACAGUCUCGUUCUACGAUAUGCAUUUGAUGAAUCUCUUUCAGAAGGGGAAUAUCUUGUACGGAUGAAACUGCACUACGUGGAAGCACAAUCUGCAACGCGGAAGGAAUUGUGGUCCUUGAAACCAUAUUAG